AUGUCCAAGCUCAGAAGCGAUUCCGAUGAGGAGGCUCAAGUAUUUGAGACCGCCAUCAUUAAUCAGCCUCCUCGAUGGCAAGAUACUCUGGCCGAUUCGUCUCCAUUCGUCAUGGGUGCUGUUGCCACGACACUUCUCACAGUCUCAUUCGGCAUGCUAAAUCUCCGAGACGUUACACUUCAAGCACCCGUCUUCGUUGCCGACUUGUGCUUCGCUGCUGGCGCUGGGUUGAUCAUCUCCGCUCAAUGGGAGAUGCUUAAGGGGAACACUUUCUCCUAUACUGUUCUUAUGGCUUUUGGCUUCUUCUACUCUGGCUACGGAUAUGUCACCAUCCCCUCUACUGGGAUCGCGGACUUCUAUGGAGGAUUUGCUACCCCCUCUUUUAAUAACGCCCUCGGAUCCUACGUCUUAAUAUGGGCUUGCUUUAACCUCUUCUUCCUCCUCUGCACAACCAGAAUGUACGUUCUCGACCUCCAGAAGCAUCCUGUCCCCUUUGCCCUCUCAUAUAUUGACAAGUCACUUAGGAACAUCACUUAUGUUGGAAUAUUUUCCUUCGUGGAGCUCUGCCUGAUAUUCGACGCCGCUUCUUACUUUGCCUCCGCCGAGGGCAAGAUAGAAUUAGGCACGAAUUUUAUGAAAGCCUCUGGUGGGUUUGCUUUCGCGGCAUCGAUUCUGUGUUAUUACACCGUAUUACACUACCUGUGCGAGGAUGCUCUCCCCUUCCGCGUACCUCUGGGGGACUUAACCAAAUACAAGUACGCACACAAGAGGACGGCAUAG